GCCCCAGUCACUGAGCCGCCGCCGAGGACUCAGCAGCCUCCCCCUUGAGCCCCCUCGCUUCCCGACGCUCCGUCCCCCCCACCCCCCCGCCGCCGCCGCCGCCUUCCGCAGGCCGUUUCCACUGAGGAAAAGGAAUCGUAUCGUAUGUCCGCUCUCCAGAACCUCCACUCUUUCGACCCCUUUGCUGAUGCAAGUAAGGGUGAUGAUCUGCUUCCUGCUGGCACUGAGGAUUAUAUCCAUAUAAGAAGAAUUCAACAGAGAAACGGCAGGAAGACCCAUACUACUGUCCAAGGGAUCGCUGAUGAUUACAAUAAAAAGAAACUAGUGAAGGCGUUUAAGAAGAAAUUUGCCUGCAAUGGUACUGUAAUUGAGCAUCCAGAAUAUGGAGAAGUAAUUCAGCUACAGGGUGACCAGCGCAAGAAUAUAUGCCAGUUCCUGGUGGAGAUUGGACUGGCUAAGGACAACCAGCUGAAGGUUCAUGGGUUUUAAGUGCUUUUGGCUCACUGAAGCUUAAGUGAGGAUUUCCUUGCAAUGAGUAGAAUUUCCCUUCUGUCCCUUGUCACAUGUUUAAAAACCUCACAGCUUGUAUAAUGUAACCAUUUGGGGUCUGCUUUUAACUUGGACUAGUGUAACUCCUUCAUGCAAUAAACUGAAAAGAGCAUAAAAAAAAA